UCCAGAGAGGGAGACCAUGAGACCACCAAAUAAGUCAAUGUUUUAUUCAUCUUCUUCAUUGUUUUUGGCUCUGGGACUUGCAACACCCUUGUUAUUUUUCUUGCUUGUUCUUAGUAAUCAAGGCUCUAGUCCUUCUAAUUCCAGUGCAUGGAGAGUUCAUACUUCGGAUUUUCGGCCUCUUUUUGUUUCUUCUUCUAUAUUGGAAUCUCAAUCCAAUUACACCACCACCUUCAACAAUGGUUCCUCUGCUUCUUUAGUAGUCCUGGUGGAAGUUGCAGCCAAUUACACCAUCUUCAAUGGCUCUUCUGCCUCUCCAAUCUUCAUUAAUGGUUCUUCUGAUAUUGAUCAAGACACUGUGAAUACUACAAGAGUAGUUAGAAGGUACAGCAAGUUAGGGAGGCUUGAAGCAAGUCUGGUUAAAGCCAGGGCUGCCAUAAGAGAGGCUGCUUUAGUUCGAAACAUGAGUUCAAUCCAUCAGGACCCUGACUAUGUUCCUUAUGGACCCCUCUACAGGAAUGCCAAUGCUUUUCACAGGAGUUAUUUGGAGAUGGAGAAGCUAUUCAAGGUAUAUGUGUACAAGGAAGGUGAGCUUCCAUUGUUCCAUGACGGUCCAUGCAAGAACAUAUACUCCACAGAGGGAAGGUUUAUUCAUGAAAUGGAGAGAGGCAAGUUCUAUAGAACCACAGACCCUGAUGAGGCUCUGGUUUAUUUCCUUCCAUUUAGUGUGGUCUGGAUGGUUCAGUAUCUCUACGAGCUUGAUUCCCAUGACACCAAUUCCAUAGGACGUGUUGUUAAAGACUAUAUCCAUGUCAUCUCCAAUAAUCAUCCCUUCUGGAAUCGAAGCCUUGGCUCUGACCAUUUCAUGCUCUCUUGCCAUGACUGGGGUCCGCGGACAUCUGCUUCUGUUCCGAAUUUACUCCACAGGUCAAUUAGAGUUCUGUGCAAUGCUAAUACUUCUGAAGGAUUCAAUCCUACCAAAGAUGCUACAUUACCAGAAAUCAAUCUCUUAACAGGUGAGAUCACAAAACUCGUCGGCGGUCCAUCCCCGUCCCGUCGACCAAUCCUAGCAUUUUUCGCAGGCCGAUUGCACGGACACAUAAGGUACUUACUUCUAAAACAUUGGAAAGACAAAGACACAGACGUCCAAGUCUAUGAAAAACUUCCAAAAGGUGUGUCCUACUACACAAUGUUGAGAAAGAGCAGGUUCUGCUUAUGUCCUAGUGGAUAUGAAGUAGCAAGUCCGAGAGUUGUUGAAGCAAUCUACACCGGCUGCAUUCCGGUUUUGAUCUCGGACGGCUAUGUUCCUCCUUUUAGCGAUGUGUUGAAUUGGAAGGCAUUUUCUGUGGAGAUUCAAGUGAAGGAUAUAGAAAACAUUAAGAGCUUACUAAGGAGAAUAUCGACAAGGCAGUACUUGAGGUUGCAGAGAAGAGUAAAACAAGUGCAAAGGCAUUUUUUGGUUAAUGGAAAUCCCAAACGAUUCGAUGUGUUCCACAUGACCAUGCAUUCAAUUUGGCUAAGAAGAUUGAAUAUUCAGAUUUAUAAUCAAUCAGCCUUUUCUGUGAAUAGUUAGUCAUGUAUAUUGUUUUUGUAAACAAAAACGGUGUGUCAAAUGGAACCUAUAUCACUUUUUUGUUAGGGCACUUGCAACGUUGUUGUGUAAUGGGGAUAGUAAUCUGUAUUGGGAAAUGUGUUUUGUUGAUGU